CUCCGGAAGGCUGACUGCUUACUACAUGUAGAUCACGAUCCUGCACUCUCGUUCGUGUGCGUUCCUGUACACCCAAUGUGAGUCUUGCUGAUUCUAUAGGUGGAGACGGAUAGUUGCUGAACGUUCUCGGUUUGGCUCCGAUGAUCAGGGGUGGCCCUUGAUCGGCGAUGGUAGGUUAAGAGACUAAGAUACUGCAAGCUGAGGUACGUAGACCUCUUACAUGACCUUUGCCUAGGUACAUGUCAGUGGUAGGUGAUCUAACACUAAAGCUUCGUGGAGAUGUUGAUCAGCUCAAUGCACCAAGAUUUGGUGUCAUAGAAAUUGCUCUUUCUGGUAAUAGUAACGAGAUCCGAGGGGUAAAAUUCAAGUCUCGUAUUAUUGGGUAUAUUUGGAGAAAAAAGGUGCCAUUCAAAUGUCCAAGACCUUGUCGUUUAAGGUUUGGACAAAGAUCAGAUCAGCCGGGGCCAGGGAUGUAAGCGAAGUUUUGCUUCUGCCGAAGUUCAGCGUAACAUGGAGCGCAAUAAAUGAAAAAUAAGUGAAAAAAAAAACAUUUUUCAUGUAUUACCGCACUAGUAUGUGACAGCUCACACACUCCGGCUCCGACGUGGGUUCACAGGAGGGGCCAUAUCCGAGUCAGCGCAUUGAAAUGGCCGGGCCGUUGGUUAGCAGGGUCACCUUGAAAAUGCCUAGGUAUGUACUGUAACUGUCGUGUGAAGGAUGGAUGGGAGCUCACAGAUGAACAUUUGUGUCCCGUCAGCGAUAAUGCACGAGAGGGUUCUGACAGCCUGAACGACCAGCUACUCGGCCUGCAGAACCGAGGAUCAGGGGUACCUUGAGCAAUGGAGCCUGGAGGGUAUCACAAAUAAUGCCUGGGUCCUAUAACAGAAGGCCCCGUCAGUCAGAGAGGAGUUGUUUGGGUCGAAUAGCCAUGAUCUGAUCCUUCAAGGGUUCUUAGGAGCACUCGCUAUCGCUGGCUUCUGCAGAACAAGCUUUUGAGUUAUAGAAAACGGUUUCUUACAUGAGUUUAAGACGUAACUAUGACUUGCUCGACCUGAACUGAAUCUGUGUAAGUGGCAGGGAAGUUGACCUGUCGCGAUCUCUAUAAAUCCGUCGUCUUUCGAGCAAUUCCUUCGGUUUCCCAUUGAGUAACGAAACCAACAUGACCACUAUCUUGUCCGUUGCCUUACCUUAUACUACAUUCAACCUUCCUCCUCAUCAGCUCCACACAACGCGCACAGCGUGUAACACCUGGCUGGCAUGAAGAAGGUACCCGUUCUGCGUCGCACCUUCCCAAACACCUUACUCCCCGUGCAGGACAGGGCAGGCGCAGGGUUGGUAGUUACCUAGGCACAGUAUCUGAGGUGCCUGUACUCCGUAGCAUCCAGUCCUAGGAAACUGCGGCUGCCUUCCGAAAAGAAUCCUUCCUCUGUUUCUUACGGUUGACUAAUUCCGCCCGUAUUUGAUCUGACCCAAAGAGCUCUCUUCGCACAAGGCAUCUUACUCGCGGCCGAACGUAGAUCAGGGCUGAAUAUGACCUAUACAACAUUUCGAUAUGAAUUGCCAGGGCUGAGCAAGCCACACAAACCAUUAUGCAAGCCCUACAUAAUCGAUUGUCUGUCUGACAAGAGGAGAAGGAGCUCCGGGCUAGCUGCACUUUGCAUAGGGUGAAGAGAGAAGUAUUCCUAUUCCUUUCCGAGGUGACGUUGGCUUUCGGCCAACGGCUUGUCUGCACCAUCUCGGUCGACGAGCAUAACUUGUUCACACUCUGCAGCAAACUCAGCGCCAUCAGAAAAAAAGAUGCCACCGCCGAAAAAAGAGGAAACAACACCCAGAAACAGUGACGUCGAACAUAAGGGCUAAAAAAGACUCCCGCCACGAAGACGGCAGCGAUAGAUGGACAUGGUUUAGCCCACAAAAAACCGUUGUCUUUCCCGUCCGUCAUGUUCAAUCCUAACGACGCCCCCCCAAAACGACAUAUCAGCUCAACGGCCAACAACCACAUCCGGCUCCAUUAGUCCCCCAAUUCCCCUCGAAACGUCCUAGCUUCAUGAUCCAACGUGAAUCCCUUCAGCCCAGGGUCGUUUUUUCCCAGGCAUGGCAUACAUUUUCGUUGGGUGAGCUACAGGCUUGCAGCCCCCUCCCCCCUGGUUGUAGCCAGCCACCCCCCCCGCUCCUCGGUUGCGAACUUGGAUCAGACCACCAUAAUACAGACGUAUACUUACAGAAUUGUGUGGUCAGUACGCGGUCUGAUUUGGAUCAGAAGCCAUCCGUACCUGGUUGGAGUGUUCCUGUCAAAAUUACCAAAUCAAUGGAACCAUCUAGUUACAGUUAUCAUCUCCGUGCUGCGGCAUCCGAAACAACCGGACCACCGUACGAAGUCAUAGCAAAAUGAAGAAGCUUGUGGUAUCACCUAGUAUCACGAUGGCCGUGCCUCAGUCACCUGGUCGUUAUUCCCAGUAUGCCCAGUGAGCUUCUCGACUUAUGAGUGGUCCUUCUUUCGAUGAACCACCUGAAUACCUGGGCUGGUCGAGCUGUGGCACUUGACAGAGCGAGCGGGCUCUUGGCUUUUAUGAGAUAACAGAUGAAUAACGUCCUUCUCUCUCCAGUUUAGAACGGGCAAGAGCCUUGUGGAGUGCCUGGAUAGCCUAGUUUAAGAAGAUCCAGAUCUGACCGCUCACAAUCGUCACUACAACAUGAUUCGGCAUCGCGCCAAACUGACAGAACUCGGAGAACGACACUGGCAGGGAAGAUAUAGGCGCCUCAAACAUGCACUCUUCCGCGCUUGACAUGUGAGCGGUAGGGCUUGUCAAGCCAAGAUGUCCAAUAAAGGCUGGAUGGGCAAGGUCUCGAUAUGCCGAUCACUUUACAGAGCACGAAUGCCCAAAGUACCACUUACAGUCGGUCCCCGUCUCCUUCCCGGACCUAAUCCCCGCCCCGGUUUCCUGUCUCCUCCCCCCAAAGGAGUCCACCUAUUUCCCAGGUCCAAUUCCAGCUCGGGUUUCCCAGAAGCUGUCCCCAAGUCCCCCCUUGGGCGGUAAAGGCGGGGGCACUGGCCAAUUCGAUUGUCGAGUUAAUGCAAACACAAUCAGGGCGUCGACUUGAAUCCACACAUGGCUCCUCCAUCAUUCAGCAUUGGCUUUCCCACGGCCACGGAUUCAUACCAGCCACAUCUUCCUAUUGGAAGCCUAAUAGUUCACGUGGGGAAGGGAAGAGAAGCUUGUCCUGCUUUGACACAACACCAUCAGGUUGCCCUAUGUUAUUUUUGACAAAACAGAUCUCACCACAUCCUAUAACUAGGGCGAAUGCGUGAGCACGCCAGAGUGUAGUCAUCAAGGGCCUCGAACCAUAUUACCGCUCAGGCCUCGGGACAACGUUGGAUGUCCCCGUGACUAGUCACUCGACUCUUACAGCCUCAGGGGAAGAGGCGACAGACGGAGGAGGAGAAGGAAAGGGGCCGGAGGCCAAAGUACGAGAAAACGAAAGACCACCACGAGGAUACGCAGUCGAUAGUGCGGCUGAAGAGGGAACCUCAGGUACGCGGAGCGGCAGUGAGGAAGGCCUUGAAUACCGUUAGUGGAAACGAAAGGCACGGCCACUCAUUCGCUCAUCAUCUGAGAAAGAAUUAAGGGCCGGAAAAGACAUUCGAUCCGUCACCUAAUAGGUGACCGAUUGUCUCGUGGUGCCGAGAAAUCUCUUUGGUGGGGUGACAUUUUAUCUUGUGUUUGGUGGGAGCACGAGACUACCGUACAGCAUCGCCCCUCCUGGAAUGGGAACAGGGCCCUCGAUCUUCUAAUUUACUUGUUGGCUGCAAAUCGGCGUCCGUGGUGCUAGAACUAUUGAGCAGGUUCCAGUGACGUCGGAGUCUGCGGCUUCAAAUUGCUGUAUAAGCAGUCGGGUCCUUUAAACAACCAACCUCCGUGGCGAAGUACGGUGCCGGCCACGGGCCCAAGCCGACUGAACCAACAGACGUUGUUUAUCAAGACGUUCACUGAUCGAAGCUCGAUCGCACUUCCACUCGAUAUCAUACCUGGAUCCUUAGAUCACAAUCGACGACCAGUUGCUAUUAAAGUGACAGCCAGGGCACGCCUGGUUGCAUAGGCAAAAGCGAUAUCCGGCCCACUCCUUCAGACAUCUAAACACAAGAGCUGGACGAACACUCGAGUGGCUACGCAAGUCCAGAAUUUGCUGUAGCCUCCGACCUCCAAUCCCACCAUGGCGGGGGAUCAUAACGAGGACCAGUCAUUCUAUGACUUUCUCAUAGAAGAGCCAGAGGUACGUUAAUUGACGACGAGGCGACGGGUGGAGAGUGUACUGCUGCCCCCUUGUGCGAUGUGAAUUAAAGUUGAAGAGGAAGUUUGGCCAGUUGGAGAUAUCCUGUCGAGGUCAAUGCUCAAUAGCAUGUCAUGGUUGCAGCAAAGCAGCUGAGACAUGUCAACACCAUGCAUCAGGCCAGUGGCUAAGUCUCGACCCAACUGGUGUCUGUCUCGAUUCCGUCUCUCCCGAAGGAUGACUCGAGCUAUUGAAUCAUGGUUUGUUGUCGCGCCCUGGUAUUCAAUGGUACCACCGAAAAACUCGUUUAGAAGAGGCCAUUUUUUCGCAAAAGUUUCCUCGUCAAACGAGACACAUUCAAUUCAAUAGCUCAGGGGCAAAAGAACCGGCAGGGGAAAAGAGCUGAAGCGAGUCGAGACCUGGAGGAGACAGUAGAGUGGCAAUUUUGAGACAGAAAACAGGAGAUGAAAGAGAAGAGUGAACAAUCAGUGAAGAUGGAAUAAAGUCUAACGUUUGGCGUUUCCGUUGGAGCAGAUGAUAGCGCCGGCACCAUCCGGUCAUUUCCCACAUCAACAGCCCAUUUCGUCGCCGAAUCGAACGAGCCGCGAUGCGCCGCCACGGCCAGAACCGACCGAAAUCGAGACCCACCACCACGCGAAUCCAAACGCAAAUCAUCACUCGGGUCCGGUGACCUUACCGGGCCCGGUACUCGGAAUGCAAUUGCCGGGCACCGUUCCUGAAGCGUCACGUGCACAAUCACGCGCUCACCUUGAAAUUGACCUUGACAUCGACUUACACGCGCAGCAACACCCACAUGGUUCCCAUCUUUCUCAUGGUGCGCAUCCCCAGGCGCAUGGAAUUCAUGGUCCCGGCCAUGGCCAUGGAGCUCAUUCAGCUCAGAGUUCAGCGAGUCUUCCGCCCGCUGGGUUUGCAAGUCACAUCCCUCCCGCCUCUUCUGGUCCAAUGUCGAUGGAUUGGAGCAUGUACCAUGUUCCUCCAAAUUUGCAGCUAAAUCACCCUCACUUUGAUUUUGAGAUCCCAGGGCAUAUGGGCGUUGUUGGGCAUUCGAACCCUCUUUCGCAUGCGCCGACAGAUCCGGCCUCAUUUUCGUACGGAAGCAAUCUCGUUUCACCUUCAAGCAUUCACCCGAAUAGUGCCCACUUCGAUACAGGCGUUCCAAAUCAAUGGGACGAUUCUAUGAGCCAUGAUGCCAGCACUCCAAAAGUGCGGACCCCCGUUCAUCAUGUUGCCACCAACCCCUGGGCCGACAUAGACGAGCCUACGGGAGACAAUAGCGCGACACCUGCUUCUCGUCCACGAAAGACUCCUCGACCGAGACGACAAAAGAAAGAGGCUCGCAAACUAUCGGACGCUUCUCAGGGGGCUAUGAGUAGCAGUACUGGCGGGACAGCACCUUCGAUAUCCGAUGCUGCCAGUCCCAGUUCUGCGUCGCAGAACAGCCGUGCCAGUAUUGGCUCCAAAUCAGUGUCCAUGGCCUCGACAGUAUCGACAGCGUCUAGCCGCCAAAGCAAGCUCCGCAGUGCUUCUCGGACGUCCAAAAAUAGUCGAGACAAGCCCAACGACACUCCCGAAGACCGUCGAACACGAGCCUCUCACAAUCUCGUCGAAAAGCAAUAUCGAAAUCGCCUCAAUGCCCAAUUCGAAUCUCUCCUCAGCACGCUGCCCGACCAACUCCGCCAUGGGGAAAGUAGCAGCGGCAAUGGAAACGAGGAUAACGAAUCCGACCAUGCAAACGAUGCUGACAGACGUGUCAGUAAGGGCGAGGUGCUUGAAAUGGCUCGCAAGCAUAUUCAAGCAUUAGAACGUGAGAGAAAUCAACUCGAACUCGAGAACCUUGAGCUUCAUGGCAGCCUACGACGACUCAAAGAAUCAAAUUCCGAAAGCGCGACAUCCUCGUCGGGCCAAGAGAACUCUGCCGAAGCCGACACGAAUAAGGAUCCUAAGAGGGAGCGGGAUGAUGAUGAUGAUGAUGAGAAAGAAGGUUCAUAACAAACAACAUAUUGUGGGUAUAGAGAGGCAAUAGUUGCACAGUCACUCAAAGUUUUUGAGAGUCAGGCUUCUCAAACAACAUGUUCGUGAAUGAGUACAUGUUUGAUAAGUUUGCAUCUCUCUUUAACCAUUCAUAGUCUCUUCAUAUUCCUAUUCUUGUUUGAUUAUCCUUUGGCUUGCUUCAUUUGUUCGCAUAGCAUGUUGGUCCCAUGGUGAUUUGUUUUACGUGGACACUCCUUAGUCCUUACCCAUGCGACCUAUUACCAGACGCCCUAUUGAUAUUCGUUUUCAUGUUUUGGUUCUCAAGUUGUGACAGAUUCAAAAGGGGCGUGGGGCUCAGGCAGUAUCAAGAAUGGAAGUGACUCUGUCCUUUCAUGGGUGCUUGCUUAUAUGUUUGUUUGGUCUUGUAUGUUUGUUUUUGAUAUUCCUUUUGUAUUCCCUCACUUAGACAUGCUGUUUGAUUGUUCUUGUUACACCUCCUUCCCUCAUUACCCAUGCCAUCCUUUCUUUGGACUUACGACUCACAUGACACAAAAGCCACAGCACCACAGUACCGCACAGCACAUAGAGACAUGGCUUGACUUGAUCGGACUGGACACAUGGUCUGUGUUACAUCAUGUUGCCACGCCUUCUUACUUGAAUCUUCUUCUUUGUCUACAUUGGUGUGGAGCAUUAGGGUUCUAUAAGGGAGGGAGCUCUACGGUUUAGUGUUUUAUAUGGAGCAAGAACGGGAGGGCAGAAGGAAUAAAGAAAGACAUUAGAAAAUGGGAAAGGGAUAGACAUGGUUUUUGAGCAUGGGUUAUAUGACACUGGCUUAUCGGAGACAUGUCUGUCUAUAAUCAAGUUCAUGGAAUAGACUUAUGGUUGCGGUUUGAAAUUCAUUCCACAAUUAUGCAUGACAAGCAUCUUCGGUCAACCUCCGUAACUUUAGUCUACGUUGACUCUGUCUUGGAGAAACUUUAGAAAAGUCGGAUAUUUAUAUUCGACAGCUAAAGCAGCUGAUGUCAUGAGCAAGACGUUGUAUACUUUUUGUUUUUGAAUCGUCUUUGCAUUGUAUGAACCACUACAUUCAAUACGACCCUUGACGCGUGCAAUGCAGGGAUUCAGAGGCAGACAUCAUCUCAAAGAAUGUAUCCUAAUUUCAGUUGCUCAAUAAAAUAAGUUCUGGUCACAUCGCAUGGGAAUUAAUGAAUGCUUGGUUGUUAAACUUCAACAUUUUUUUAGUCAUUUUUAACUUAGUAUAUAUACAAAAAGCAAGUAAAUGUCUCAAAGUCAGCGCGCUUGGC